AUGGCUUUGAGACCAUCACUUCUAACAAGAGGCUUGUCAUCAGCCUCCGGAGCCGGUGAUACUGGAUCUCCAGCUGAGCAGCGCGAUGAUGCAAAGAAGAACAUGUUGAAGGCAAUGCGGCCUCUGCCGACUCAGCAUUACUGGAAUGUCUACUUCGACCGACAGCAGAAGGAUCAACCCAAAUCUACCGAUGGAACUUAUACUGCCACCCUCGAGCAGCUCGGCUCCCAAAUCGAGUCCGUCCAGGACUUCUGGAGAUACAAUAACAACACCCCAGUUGACCAGAUCAAGAUGCGCGAGUCAAUCUACUUGUUCAAACAAGGUUUCCAGCCAGUGUGGGAAGACCGAAGAAACAUAAAUGGUGGGAGCUGGACCUUCAGGGUGCCGAAAGUCAAUGGUCCAGACUUCUGGACCAGAGUGCAGCUGAUGGCGAUUGGCGAAAAGCUGCAAAGCUGUCUCGAUGUUGGAGAUCAACUUUGCGGCGUUGGGCUUUCCGUUCGAUUCAAUUCUCAUCUCAUCUCGGUGUGGCAUCGUGAUGCCUCUCAGCAAAAGUCGAUCGAUGCGAUACUUGCCACAGUCCUGGAAGAGCUGCCUGCAGAAUUGAAGCCCAAGCCCGAUAAUUACUUCUAUAAGAAGCAUUCGGAUCAUGUUGGUUUCAAGGCCCCGGCCAUAACUACUGUUGCGCCGGCACCGGCUAUCGAAGUGCCAAAAGUAUAA